UGAUGAACACCCAUGCUUUUAUAAAUACUUUUGUAGCCUUUUCAGCUUCAUGUAUCUCUACAGAUUUUCUUAUAAAGUCCUCUGAAAAUAGUUUUGAUCAUGGCAUGAUUCACAUGAGAGGAGCAGUCUGUCAGUAACCAAACUUUGUGUGCCUUUUUUAUAGGGCUGGGCACCUCCAACCCACACCUCCAAUCUCUUCUCAUUGAUUGGAACACCUGGCUCCAAUUAGCUUUUGGAGAAGUCAUUAGCCUAUGAGGCUCACAUACUUUUUCCAAGCUCGACUGUGAAUUUUUAAAUUAAGCAUUCAGUAUUACAUUGUACUGAAGCAAAAAUUCAAGCUGUUGUGUGAUGCUCUCAAUCUUUAUUAUAAAUUUCAAAUUAGACAUGCCAUAUAACGUUGGGAAGCUUAUACUGUCCUCUACUAGAUAAAAGUUAUCAAUCAAAGCAAAUCGAACAAAUUGAAAAGAGUUAUACUGGUGGAGUGGAGUUCUGCAAUGUGCCGAUGUAAAUACCAACCCCCGCUUUCGAUUUGUUCAUUUAUAAGACAAUAAAUGACCACCGAAAUUUGAAACGUGUACAAACAAUAAUACCAGACAAUAAUAAGAUUGUGUAUUUAUUCCAUAUUUAGUCGCAGAUAUUGGUAGUAGAAUGACUACUUUUUGCUAUUCAGUGAGCAGCAUUUUUCACCACUGUAUUGGCAUACCUUUGGCUUUAUCUGGUUGCUAUAACAGAAUACAAAUUGUUGAUGGUGUGUGUGUUAACUUAGUUCAGUCAACAUUUAGCUUUUUAGACGGACAUUGACAAAACUGUUUCUGUAAACUAAAUACUUCAUCCACCAUCAUAACUUUUUCAGACUUCGCUUUUUGCACUGUGUUCAUGAUAAAUUUAUUGAUCGGAAAGUUCUAAACAUUGUGUUCACUGUAUAUGUAUAUAUAUAUGCUAUUUUAAUAUAUUUUCUUUCAUUUAAGCCUGUGCACCUUUCAUUUUCUUUUCCCUGGAGGAUUGAUCCCAUUCCUUGGUGAAACAGAAACACAGUCAGGUAUGCCAAUUGCUAUUUCUGUAUGGUGGUGUGGCAGUCAUGAACUUUUCCAGUACACUCUGUCAAAUCCAGCUAAAGACAAACCAGACAUAGAACCAAAGCCAAAUGGGGUGUGGCCAAACGCAAAUCAUAUCAUCUGCUCAGCCACCUCAAGAUGCACUGUGUAUAUUUCCCUUGGCCUUGUGGAUGGCACAGUGACUAUUUGGGACAGAUGUCUAGGGAUUCCCUGGUCAAUCGUGGACAUUUCAGACAACAGCAUUAUCAGUGGGAUGCUUUUCCUGGACCAGCCCACGGGCCCCUGGGACACUCCCAUGAGACAGGAUCCCUUCCAACCUCAAAAUGUGUGUGUCUUGGUGACCUGCAAAAGCGGGAUGCGUCACCUGAUUACGGACUCUCAAGCUACAAAUAUAAAUGAAAGAACCAUAGACCAUGGGACUCUCCCUUCCACAGUCUGGUCUGGUCACGUUCAGCAGAAGCUGGUCCUUUUCAUGUACAGGAAUGGAGAAAUCACACUCCAGGACAUAAAUAAUGAGACUGAUGUGUGCAAUUUGGCCCUGCCUCCAUCACACUGCAUAGCGCCUCUGUGGAGCCCUGUGUGUGAGCUGGACUCCACACAACAAACUCUGUUUGUCCGAGGGGACAAGAACACAUGUGCUGAUUACCCAUCACAAAGUGAGGACUCCGACAGCUCAUUGUUCUUCUUCCACUUGCCGGAGUCUUCAGUAACAGAUCAACACCGCGGGCCUCUUUCAGGAGCUGGAGGAGCAGAGAGAGUGGGGGAGUGUGUCAGUCUGAAAAAAACUUUCGAUCUAUAUUUGCAGGAAAGACUGGCAUCUCUGAAGGAGAGGAACAAAGUCAUGGCGGAGAGCUGGAGCCGGCUGCCAGAACUGGCCCAAGGCCACAGGGUUCAUUCGGCGCCACCAAACCAACAAGGAGAACAAAAGGCCUCAGGAUGUGUUGGUCGUGCAUGGCUCUCCCGGUUCGUCGACCACCACUCAUAGGAGCACUUCGGAGCACCUCAUUCCUCCCACAGCCGAUAGCCGACGGUUAAUGAGAGAAUAUCCGCCUGCCUGGCUGACAUCUCAAUGUGGAUGGCCAGGCAUCACCUGAAUCUCAACCUUGACAAGACAAAGCUGCUCUUCUUCCCUCACAAGACCUCCCUGGUACAAGAGCUCUCCAUCACUGUUGAUGGUACUACAGAGGCCAACUCUCACUCUGCUAAGAACCUGAGGGUAGUUCUGGAUGACCAGAUGGACUUCAAGGAGCACAUCAUGUCAACUUCACAGACCUGCAGAUUCCACCUGUACAACAUCAGGAGGAUUUGACCAUACCUGACCAUGUACUCCACCCAGCUGCUCGUCGAGGCACAGUAAAGCCUGAUUUAUACUUCGUUGCACGACCCUUGCAACAAGUGUCGCAUGACAAAUAUGAUGUAUUUUCAAUGGAAAAAAGUGUUGCACCUCUAGAAUUUAUGUUGCAGAAUGUCAUACUUUGUCGCACUGCGCAGAUUGGACAGCCAGUGGAACACUGAAAUUUAUUGUCAUGGAUAAGUGUCAUUUCACCGAGCGCUGCCAUAUUUUCAGAAAUGUAAUGUUAAACUCAAACAAUCUGUAAAGAGUUUGGCGUAUUGUUACCAUAGAGACAACAGAACUCUCAUCAGAGACCUUCGCAGCAGUAUAAAUGCAAAAACGUUGUGCGACACUUACGUUUUUGUCGCACGACACUUGUUGAAAUUACAUUACAUUACAUUACAGGCAUUUGGCAGACGCUCUUAUCCAGAGCGACGUACAACAAAGUGUAUAACCAUAACCAGGAACAAGUAUGACGAAACCCCUAGAGAGAAGUACCGGUCCAAGUGCAGGGAACAACCGCAUAGUUGAACUUGGACCCUGAAGGUUAAACUGAUUAACACUAACAACGAGAACGGCAACAACGCAGUCUAUGGAAAAAAUACAAGUAGUAGUUAAGACAGUUAAUGCACCUAAGUCACCUACGAAACAGCUGCCUAGUUACAACCCUAAGCUUACAGUCAUUUGCAGGGGGGUAGGGAGGGAUGGGGAGAGGUGCAGCCUGAAGAGGUGAGUCUUCAGUCGUCGUUUGAAAUGGGUCAGUGUCUCAGCUGUUCUGACCUCCACAGGGAGGUCAUUCCACCAUCGUGGGGCCAGAACAGACAGGAGACGUGUUCUGGAAGUGCAGGCGCGAAGAGGGGGAGGUGCUAGGCGUCCUGAGGUAGCAGAACGGAGGGAUCUGGCUGGCAUGUAGGGUUUGAAUAUCUGGUGGAGAUAUGCUGGGGCUGAUCCCUUGACUGCCUGGUAUGCUACGACCAAUGUUUUAAAUUUGAUGCGAGCUAUAACAGGCAGCCAGUGGAGGGUAGUGAGCAGGGGAGUGACGUGGGGUGUCUGGGGAGGUUGAAGACCAGAUGAGCCGCAGAGUUGCAGGGGUCUGGUGGCAGAUGCCGGUAGUCCAGCCAGAAGAGAGUUGCAGUAGUCCAGGCGGGAUAGAACCAUUGCUUGGACCAGGAGCUGGGUUGAGUAGGUGGAAAUGAUUGUGCGCCGAAGAAUAAAUCAGGCUUAAUCUCCCAUCUAAACUACUGCAACUCCCUUCUUGCAAGCCUACCUGUCUGGGCCGUACAGCCACUACAACUGAUUCAGAACGCUGCUGCCAGACUUGUCUUUCCCCUGCUGAGCGACUAGCACUCCCUGCCAUCUUAGUGAAUGGUUCUCACUCAUCCCAACCAUGGAGCUUCUCCACACUAGCUCCCCAGUGGUGGAACGUACUCCCCAUUCCACUAGCAACCACUAUGUCCAUGCCCAUUUUCUGCCAUGGUAUGAAAACGCAUCUCUUCAGUCUAUACCUGGAUUAACUCUAUCACUCCUCUAGAGGGUACUCCCAAUCUAGGAUCACUCUAAUCACAUGUAUCAUUCUAUCGUGAUCCUCUAGCACUUUCAUACUACAUUUGUAAGUUCAUUCAGCAUUUAUAUUGCACUUGGGUCAUUAUGCUUGUGUUGUAGGUCUAUCAUAUAUUGUUAUUAUGCCUCAUUCUAGCUUGACUUGUCAUAACUUUCUGACCUGAUACUUACUGUGUGAACUGGACUUGAUGUUCAUGACUAUCAAGUCCAGUGUGAGUGUUUUGUAGUUGUUCCAAUGACCUUUGGUAUGCACUUAUUGCUUAUUAUACAUUGCUUUGGAUAAAAGUCUAUCUCAGCGUGCAUUGGGCAAGAGGCAGGAUUACACCCUGAACAGGUCACGGGGCACACCAUCCCCUCAUCAUUCACUGCAUGUCAUAGCCAACUGCAUGUCUUUGGAAGAAACUGGAGUACCCAGAUGGACAUGGGAGAACACACAAGGCCGGGAUUUGAACCCGGGAACUUCUUGCUAUAAGGUGUACCCACUACACCACUACAGUACUACCCACUGCACCACCAUGCCACCCAACCUAAUGAAUGUCAUGUAAUGAUAUAGGUAGACAGUAGAGGAAGAAGGGAAGUGACAUGGUGAAUUUAGGAGGUUGUCGAUAAGAUGAAUAGCAGCAUUCUGGAUAGGCUACAAGGAAAAGGCAAGGAGGCCAGUAAGGAGGGAGUUGAAGUAGCAGAUGGUCAUUGCCUGGACCAAGAGAUAGGCUGACUUGGUGGUGAGGAAUGGGCAGAUUCACUGUGUCCUAAAUAUAUAACUUAAAUGUUAAAUCUGGUUUUCAAAAAUAAACAUUUCAUUAAAAAAAUAAAAAUGUACCUUAUAUCUUUGUUUCAGAAACUAACACUGAAAAGUGCUAGUUCUAAUGGAUCAAGCUUGUUGUUAUAGUCAAGCUAGCCCACAAUAUUAGCGUCAGGCAGUUUAGCUGGCUAGCUUACUAACCAUCCAUCAAAUCAAGCAUCCAGCUUGUUAAUUGGCUUGGCUGGCUGUCAAUAUUCAACAUCAACAUUAAAAAUGAGCUAAGGACCCCAGCAAUUAAGAAAACAGUUGCUAAUAAGCCCAAAACAUAUCCCAAGCAUGUCAUGCUGAUCUUAGUUAGCUAGCUAAUUGUGAAUGUGGAGUAUAUAUCAGUAUGCUUUGAGUUCCCGAGAUAAAUACAGUAUAGACGCUUUCAUCGGACGCACGCGCGUUGCCAAGGUUAUGCACUUGGCCCUAAAUUAACUUCCGGUCUGUGUUUGUUUAUUAUUGGGUUUGUGUUUACUGGUUAAUAUGGCACCGAUUACAAACGGAGUGAAAGUUAACCUGAUGAGCAGACUGACAUUGGGCUCAGGUUGUUGUGCUGUGGGGUGCAACCUGGAACAAAUGCCAUUUCGAAAAUUUGUAAAAAUGCAUUAUUUAACUUUGUAACCCCACUAGGGAAUUGUGAAACGAAUUGCUUGAAUCCCUGCUAUAUUAUUAUAGCUGGUGCUUGCCCAUUGUUACUUCGUAUUUUUGAGAAAUAACUGGACAUCAUUACCUGUUAAAAUGUAAGUCCUGUAAAAUUACACAUAAUAAACUGUUCAAAUAAAUAAACCAACUUCAUACAUACACAUUUAGUAAUACUAAUACAGCCUUAUUUACUAUAUCAACUUUAAGACAAGCAACACGCUCGUAAUUAUCUCAUCGUGACCCAUUAAAGCCAAUGGCGCAGACGCUGAUUCAUACUUUCAAACUGCUUUCCCAACGGCUAUUUUGCGUCCUGCCACUUGAGUUACAACAGUGAAUGUGUACGGAUUCCUAGACGUGCUGAUAGCGACCACCCUUUCUCAUAUUAACCUCAAAUACGCAAGACAGGACACUUAUACAGUAUGCUAGCAAAUUUAUGUUAAGUACAAUUCAUAGGGUUGUGGAUACACAUCCCCUUAGCAGCCAAAAGCUAGCGCUGGACCACCUCUGACUUAUUUGCUGGCACAGAAAAAAAAUUGGGAAAGUGUUGAAAAAAUAACCACGGGAGGAUAACAAGGACAUUUUUUCCUACUUAACUAGGUACAGGUUGUUACCGAUAUUUCACCUAUUUCAUAUAUAGUUGCAAAUCAGUUAACGUUUUCCUGUCUGUCGAACAAAGAUGGUCGAAUAGGUGUAGCACUGACUUUGUUUCAGGUAACAAACUCAUGAUAAGCGAUAGCUAAUAGCUAGCUGACCAGUAACAAGCCUUCAAUAGUUAUGAACAAUUAGCUAACUAAAUUGAUUGUAGCUAGCUAGCUAAACAUAGCUAACAGUGUAUAAAUUAUACACAGAAACGUCAGAUCAAUGCUAGUAGUAGUUGAUACACUAUAGCUACGUUUUGAACUAACGUUAUGAUACCUGUUUCCAAUGACUUGACAAUGUUACAUUUCCUGAUCAUUUUUUGUUGUGGUAACCUAGCAAGAUGACCCAAACUAUUAGAGCCACGAUGUUUUUCCAUCAAUGCAUGCUAUACAAAUAAAUACCUAUAGUAAUUGCAUUGGCUACACAUUUUACCCAGCACUAGCCCCAUUUUGUGUCUCAUGUAAUCAUCAUUUUUAAGCAAUGUAAUAGAAAGAGUGCACUUUUUACACAAGAAUGUGCAUGUAACCAGAAUAGUUAUGGAUUAUGCAAGGAAUGUAUGAUGCUCCGCAAGGUGCAAUACUGUCAACAGUUAUCUGUUUCUGUCGCUUGUUUUUCUGGUAGUGUAACGUUAUCGCAUUUGAGUUUGGCCAAGUAACGGUUCUUUUCUUCAACUGGUAAGCCCAAAUAAUACUGGUUAGACAUAGUUUUAACUAGCUAGUUAACGUAAUUUACUUGUUAUUUAUUUUGCUUGUUAUCAGAAAUAGUCUAGAGGGACUCUGUUGUUAUUGAUUGUUUGCGGAAGUCUGCCGGAAGUUAAGUUAGGGCCAGAACAACGCACAUGCGCAGUAACGUUUGUUUAUGUUGUUACCGUUGAAAGCGUCUAUAUAUAUACUGAACAAAAAUAUAAACGCAACACUUUUAUUUUUGCAGCCAUUUUUAUUGUGUUUAAAUAAUACCUCAAAGAUUUUUUCUAUGUGCACAAAGAUCUUAUUUCUCUCAAAUUUUGCCCACAAAUUUGUUUAAAUCACUGUUAACUAGCAUUCCUCCUUUGUCAAGAUAAUCUAUCUCCUGCACAGGUGUGGCAUAUCAAGAUGCUGAUAUGCUAAAAGCCACGAUCACUACACAGGUGUUCCUUAUGAUGAGGUCAAUAAAAGGCUACCCCAAAAA